AUGAACAAGCUUCCUUGCGAGAUCGUGCUGCAGGUCUUUGAAUACCUCUCGCCUAUCGACUUCAAUGCCGCCCGCCACACGUGUCGAAGCUGGAUGGAAGCAAGUCUGGAUCAACGUCUGCUCUCGUGCAUGCUUCGACGAGGGGGCUGGUGGUCUGGCGUCUACACCGCUCUCUGGGCGCAAACCAGCACUGUAUCUGACGCAUGGACACUCAGUCGACAUCUUGCUCGGCAGUGCGCCCUCACACCUGGCUGGACGGGAAAUGGCUUGGAGGACUUGUCUUUUCCCACGACUGCUCCCCGCGCCGGCGACCGUUCCAGCUUUGUGGAACGGUGCCAGGCUGAUUUUACUGAACUCGCCAGUGGCUAUGGCGAAUCAGCAAAGCAAGAUGAUCCACAGCUCCUCUUUGCCACCAGUGUCUGCGGCAAAUUCAUCCUAGUGGCUGAGGCGGCCGUGGUAUACAUAUAUUCUCCUGAGGAGGCUGACCUUCGCCCAAUCACCAGCGUAACGUGCCCUCGCAAAGUUCUUGCCAUGAGCAUGGAUGCUUCCGCAGGUCGACUUGCGAUCGCUACGCUUUUAGACGGGCGUAUGGGUCUCGUCUGCGACUUGAAUCUGGAAAAUGAAUCCAUCAAGGUAGCCAAGCCACUCGAGCCUGGGGCCUUUGCGAACGGCUCCUCUGGACACCGCACCACUGUAAAGUCGUCAAUAUCCACAAGCAGAUUGUAUCCGCGAGAUGACCAAGCCGCGGCCAUCGAGCAGGACACUGAGCACCACAAGCCGGCUUUCGACACUGUCAAUGUCCGCAGUGGCGGUAUGGAUGCUACGCUCCAUGGGAUCGGCGAUCCUGUCAGGUACACGCAGAACCUCGUGAACCAGACCUGGAACGAUCAUAUCACUGCCUCGUCCCCGACUUCGUUAGAUUCAACAUCCCUCAGCAAGCACGAUUACAUGCCAAUGUGCAAUGGACCACGUAUCGUUUACCGCCAGUUGUGCUCGCAGGAAGACCCACCCCGAAGUGUUGCUCUAUGUCCACAACGGCGCAGUGUAGCUUUUGGGUGUGCUGGCGGCAUUGAGCUUCAUUGGGUUGACAAACAGACUGGGCAGGAUCUGCAUCGUUGGUUUCCUAUUUCUUCCCCUAGCGAUUACCUAUUCUUUCUUAAUCCGAGGCCAGGCAUCGAUUUCACACAUAAGCUUCGUAUUAUUUCUAGCAUUGCUCACCCUGAAGAUCGUCCGGCCAUCCACAAGCACUUCUCUCAGUACGCACAUCCUACGCCAUUCUCCUGGGCUUAUCGUACUCCCGGGUCUGGGUCAUGGCGACGAUUAACGCCGGGCGCUCAUGACCACUACCGCGCCCUCCCGUUAUCGGACGGAUACCAUCAUCUUUUCAUAGAUCCAGAAACAUCACUUCUACACCUUGGCAGCGAUGCACCGCUUGGUGGUCUCACCAAGCUGAUUCGAAAAGUUUUUUUGCUGCCACCAAAUCCCGGGAUGGUCCCAAGGUGCUACGCAGUAGGCGCGAACUUGCAGGAGGGUGCUCGAAUAGUCGCCUGCUUCCAUCGUCCGCAAUCUGAAGGAGUAGAUGAGUUGUCUGCAACCUCUUCGGAUAUCAAUUGUCCUCACAGAACCCCCAAUGGAGAUGUGGUGAUGUUUUAUUCGGUUCCUCCAGAUUUCCUUCUGUCCUCUCAGCUAGAGCUUGGAAUGGAUUGCUGGACACAGCAUGGAUGUAAUUGCAUAACAGCCUCUUCGUCAUCUUCUCAGCCGAAAAACCGUUGCGACAGCAGUUCUUGGCUCGACUGGUGGCCGGAUAAGGAUGAAGACGCCCUUGGCCCCAUGCUUCCGCAGCAGCGUGGCGCUCCCUGGCCGCUGCGACUGAAGGGAGUGUCUCUCGGGAAGUCAGACGCGGACUGCGUGGCACUCGCCGUAAACGAGACACCGGAGCUGACCGUGUGGGUGAUUGCAAGCAAUGGGAAGGCAAGAGCUUGGGUCAUGGGUCAUGGGAGGCCCCGAGUGAUAAAGAAGAGUUACAUUGCAAACGAUGGCCGGGUUAUGAACAGGGGCUCUGAAACAGACUCGCAAGAGGGAAGUGGAGAUGAUGAAGACUCUGCCGGACUGUUUGGCAUGUUCGAUGACUUUGAUGGAGAACACAGCGUAGCUGGGGAACCGGACGAGGAGUACGAUGACAAGGCGUCUUCUGUCAGCUCAAUUGGAUAG